CAUCUGCAAAAGCGUGCGGAGCGUUCUUUUUUGGUUUCACAAGAUUUGCGUGCGCGAAAGCGUGGUUAUACGACGAGAUGUCUUUGGUGGGAGCCGUUUGCAGGAACGUCCUCAGGAGGAGACCUCUUCGGAGGAUACGACAGCUGCAGGAGUUCUCGACGAUGACUACGACGAAGGAUUUCGUCGUGUCUUCUUCGGUUCCGGACGUCCACAUUCCGGAUGUCCCAGUGCACGAGUACGUCUGGAGCAACUUUGAUAGAUGGCACGAUAAAAUCGCUGUGGAAUGUGUGGAGACGAGCAAAAGGUACACGUACGCUGAUAUCCAUCGGAUGGCGCACAACUUGGCCGGUUUUCUACAGAAGAACGGAUUGGGAAAGGGCGAUACUGCCGCCAUUGUCCUUCCAAACGUGCCCGAAUAUUUCGUGGCUCUCCUCGGCAUUAUGCAAGCGGGCCUUACAAUCACAACGAUAAAUCCCAUUUACACCUCAGAUGAAAUUAAGAAACAGCUGAUGAGUGCAAAUGCCAGGAUGGUCUUCACCAUGACCGAUCUGUUUCCAACUGUGAAUACUGCCGUAAAUUGUAUUCCUAACGUUAAAGUACCUAUCGUUACCAUCAACUACACGCAGCAGCAGACGAAUCCCGCUGGAACCAUCAAAUUCGAAGAGACCUGUUCCACUCGGUACGACAUCAAGGAUCCUCGUUGGGAACCAAACGAUGUCGUCCUUCUUCCUUACUCGAGCGGCACUACGGGUCUUCCCAAAGGAGUCCAGCUCACGCACAAGAAUCUUGUCGCUAAUUACAAAUUAACUUCAGUACCUGAAUUCAAGCUCAACGUAGAUACUCACGGUGAUGUUCAAGAUGUCGUUCCUAUUAUAUUGCCGAUGUUCCAUAUGUAUGGGCUCGGCGUUGUCGGUUUGUCGAUGUUUGCUCAAGGUGUAAAAUUUACCACUCUAGCAAAAUUCAAUACACAACUCUUCUCCAAAUUACUCCACCAAUACGACCCAACACUUCUGUACAUAGUUCCACCAAUCAUUUUGAUGAUGCUGAAUAAUCCUGAAUUCGAAAUUGAGAAGAACAGAUCUUUGAGAUCUGUGGUGUCUGCUGCGGCGCCACUAGGUGCUGCGGACAUCAACCGUUUUCAGGACAGGACAAGCGACAGGAUUCACCUGUUGCAGAUCUACGGGAUGACGGAGUGCGCGCCGCUCAGCCACCACCAGUCAUUCCUCCUAAAGGAUGGCAUCAAAAUAGGUGGAAGCGGUAUCGCUCUUCCAAACACUCACUGCAAAAUUGUCAACGUCGACGACCCUGACUGCAUCGGAUUGGGUCCGAACACUAGCGGUGAGCUGCUCAUUAAAGGACCCCAAGUGAUGAAAGGUUACUAUAACAACGAUAAAGCCAACAAGGACAUAUUCGUUGGAGACGGAUGGUUGCGGACGGGCGACAUUGCACAUUACGAUGAAGACGGACACUUCUUCAUCACCGAUCGACUGAAGGAGCUGAUCAAGGUGAAGGGAUUCCAGGUGGCUCCAGCGGAACUCGAGGAGCUUCUUCGAGAUCAUCCGGACGUUAAAGAUGCUGCUGUUAUCGGUGUGCCGGACGAGAGGAGCGGCGAAGUUCCGAAAGCCUUUAUCGUGUUUCGCGACACCUCAAAGUCUUCCAUCGAAGAUCUGCACAAGUACGUCGCAGAGAAAGUUGUCAAGUACAAGCAAUUAACCGGUGGCAUCGUUGUUCUGGAUCAAAUACCCAAAACCGCAUCCGGAAAGAUUCUCAGAAGGGAAUUGAAAAAAAUGUAAAAAUUGUUUUCUCUAAAAUUCUUUAAUUAUGUAUGUUUAAAUACAAUUAGGCUUAAUGUGCAUACAUUUUAUAAAUCACUUUUGUACAAUAAACUAUAUCAUAUACUAAAAA